UACAAAUGGAAAGGUGGAGCCAUAGAGUAAAUAGAGUCUCCCUGGCAGAACUCAGAGACCUGCACUGACGAGCCUUGACGAGCACACACAGGACUCUAAGCUGCAUCACUGGACCAGAGUGGAGCAUCUGUACGUCUACAGAGUGUCACUGGGCGACGAUAAACCUGAGCACACAGCUUUUCCUGGAGCCUCUUCUCACUGAACUCAGCCCUGUCACGAUAGCUUCAAUGCUGCCGGAAAUACCAGUUUUUCUUGAAACUGGCAGCGACUACAAACUGCUAGCCGUCUUUGAGAAAUGGAACGACACGUCUGGCUUUCAUAUAGACAACACUGUGAAGUGCCUGUCGCUUAUGCUUUCCAAGUUUGGAAUGGACACAGUGGUCUUUCUCCUAUGCUCCGGGAAGCUGUAUACCUCCUUCUUAAACAUGUGCAGCCUGUCCAUCAUCCUCGGUGACAUGACGAUGGUGCUCUACGUGACAGCUGUGUGGUUACUCGGGCCUGAAAGUUCUCCUGUGUCACUUUGCUACUUUUUGGCUCACGCUUCAGCAGUGUUUAAAGCACUGCCCCUGCCGAUGAUUGCCAUGGGUAUAACUGACUACUGUAUUGAAGAUACCCACCAUGGCAAUAAGAGCUCCUUAUGCAAAUUCCUCAGGAACUUGGUACUGACAUUGAUGGUGUGGACGCUUGCUGUUAUUUACUCCGUUGCUUCUACAAAAGUUGAGCUGAUGGAACUGGUUUAUAUGACAGGCAUAAAGGCUUUGGCGUGUGAAGUAAAGGUGUCCACAUUUAUUAACUUCUUCAUUUUGGGGCUUUUCUCUGCAGUCAUUUUGAUGAUACUUCCCUUUUCAACAAGCAUUCCCAUGUGGGUGAGGGAGGCUGACAGGUUGUCUAAAUCAAGGGAGGAACAAGAUAACCAGAGGAGCGACUUGUUCACAUCAACAUCAUCCACAGAAACAAAAAGCAGUAAGGAAAAUGAUGUGGGGGAGAACAACUGGCUACGCCCACCUCUGGGCCACAGUCUUACUCUGGGCUUUGCUUUAAUUUGGAUGCCUUAUCUCACACUGUCUGUGGCUUGUCUGGCCUUUGACUUUACAGUGCCUGCCUACAUCAGUGUUAACGUAUUUUGGCUCGAGUGCACCAACAGCUUACUGGUGGGAGUGGUGUUCUGGGUAAAGAGCAAGUCACUUGGGCCAUACAGCAAUCUACCUGAAAAUGUAUGCGCAUGGCAUGUUUUCUGGAAUUUGAGUAAAGGAACAUGGCAGCAGCAGCUCCCUACAGCUGUGUUUAAUCCAUCAGAAGAGAAGAGAAACCCUCUUUUCUACAUCUGACAUAAAAUUAUCUACAAUAAACUUUUACAUCACAGAACUGACAGCAGAAGUGAAAACCAUGAAAUAGGGAAGCUAAUCAAGACUUGUCUACCAUAUAUAGAGAUAGGUAAUGAACCCUGCCUUGAUUUAGGACCUACACUGCAGCCAGCCACCUUAAAAGCUUGUGGGAAGCAGUGUGUUCAUCCAUCUUUUUAGCUCAUGGACGAGUUUCCUGAAUUAAGCAUGACAUGUGCGUAGUUAACAAAAUAAACUCUUAAGGAGCAAACUUUUGUAAAUAUUUACAGAAAUCACUAUGAGUUUGAUAUUCUCUAACUUUUUAUAUAUUCAUAUAUUUGCACAGCUCUAAAGCUGAUUUAUUAUCUUAAGGUGAUUUUUAUACUUUGGGGAAAAUGUACUGUUAAUGAUAUGUUAUUAUGACUUCCUUAAACUGGCAUGUCUAAAUAAAAACAUUCUGAAACACA